CUGUUUUACACGGAAGGUAUUUGGUCGAACACAUAAAAUGUGGCGUGUGUUACUGAUAAUUUGAUAGAAAGCAAGGUUUUUUUUUUUUUUUUUUCCCCCAGGAAUUUCCCCAUGCUUACUACGUAGUCUACUCUUUUUGAAAUGGAGAGCGAUGUAUUAGAUGCUCUUGAUCAACUUGGAUACGAUGGACCUCUCCUUGACGAGAAGGCUUUGUCAAUGGCAUCCGAGGAAGGCUUGUCAUCAACCGAGUAUGUCAACCUUUGUGUCUGGUUGAUGUCCCGAAUGAAACCCUCUCAAGAGAUAGAUGCACCCCUGAUUUCACGUGGAGAUGGCUAUCACCUCGAAAUUGGUGCGCUACUGAAGGAGAUGUCCUGCCCUUACAUUGGCAUUGUCUCUGAGUUGUUGGAAGGGAAGCUCAGCAAGAAGAACGAUUGCCUAAAGCUCCUGCUGUAUUUGGCAUCUGAGCUGCAAGCAGCACAAAUAGUCCACAGCAAACCAGUCAAGCAUGUAGACCAUGAAUUUAAAGACUCACCAGCCAGGGAUAUCCAAGCCAUCUGCAAAACACUGCAAAUGCCACAUCAAGACGCACAUGAAAAUGUCUUUUCCAUAAUAGAAGAAAAGAUUAAAUCUUUGCUUAAAGAUGUCCCAAAAGAUCACAUUGGAAAACCAGUAUUCAAACAUUCUUUCAGUAAUGAACAGUGGAUGAAGUUGGAAAAGAUCAAUGCGCUUCUUUCCUCUGAGUAUCAGUGUCGUCGCAGAAUGCUGAUUAAACGGCUUGAUGUCACUGUACAGUCAUUUGGCUGGUCUGACAGAGCAAAUGAAAAAGUUGACUGUAUGGCAAGAGCCUAUCAGCCAAAGAGACACUCCUUACAGCUGAAGUCCUCAAUAGAUGUGGCUCACCUUCUCGCUGCAAGAGAGGAUAUCUGUAAUGUGGUGAAGACCAGCAGUGGCUCGUCACGAGAAAAUACGGCAUGUGCCGUUAACAAGGUCCUGAUGGGCAGAGUGCCGGACCGUGGUGGGCGUCCCUCUGAGAUUCAGGCCCCACCACCAGAGAUGCCUCCCUGGCAGAAGAGGCAGGAUGGGGGAGGAGGAAGAGGUGGGAGAGGUGGUGGCUAUGGAGGAGGGGGUGGUGGAUGGGGCGGAGGCCGAGGUGGUGGUGGAGGAGGAUGGGGUGGAGGCGGUUGGGGAGGGGGAGGGGGUGGAGGCGGUUGGGGAGGGGGAGGGGGUGGAGGCGGUAGGAGUGGAGGAAAAGGUGGUUGGAGCCAUAGUGGAGGUGGAAAAGGCUACUGGGGCAAGGGAGGGUAUUAGUUUUAUAUUUCAGUGCAUUUUUUAAAUAAGAUAGACACCCAGUCUCAAUAUGAACACUAGGUGAAACUUGUUUGAAGUGAAAUACUUUAACAUAUACUGUACAUGCAUUGUCAUUUCUCCUUUUCAAUGCGAAUUUGAAGUAACUGUAGGUAUUAGAUGGCUUGAAUUACUGUAUUAUAUAUUUUUUCCAUUUCUUAUGUACGUACCACACAUAUUUGCAGUAUUUUAAAUGCUUGAGAAGUGACCCUGAAUGGCUUAAUAAAUUCCGUUAAUUAAAUGUUUUAAA